CACAAUCAUUCCAUAUACUCACGCGUGAAUCGGCUCUUCUCCACAACUGUCGCCCUCUGUUAGAUUCAUUCCGCAAAGUCAACAUUCCAAAGUUGACAUGAAAGCCGCGUGUGAAUCAUUCGCAAUUCCAGUAAGAGAUUUGAAUGGGCUGAUGCAAAGUGACAGCCGACUUGCAACUACUGUACGGUGUUCAGUUGUUUUUACUUUCGUGCUAUCCACGGACAAACAGUUGCUUUCAUUUUGUUGGUUAAACGGAAUUUCAUCAGACGGCCAGAUAAAUUACAAUAGUGAUGUCGAAACGGAAUCAACCAACGUGGCAAGCGCCUACACCAUCGAAAAAUGAUCCAAAAUUGCGGCUAUUCAACAGUUUGACCCGGCAAAAGGAGCUGUUUACACCAGCCGAUGGUAAUAAUAUUACGUGGUACAGCUGCGGUCCUACGGUUUAUGAUGCAUCACACAUGGGCCAUGCUAGGUCAUACAUUUCAUUCGACAUUCUUCGACGUGUUUUGUCCAAUUACUUCGGAUACAAUGUGCUUUAUGUCAUGAACAUCACCGAUAUCGAUGACAAAAUCAUCAAACGGGCCCGUCAAAACUAUCUAUACGAACAGUAUGUUGCGUCGUCGGCUAGCCUUGAACAAAUUCUCAAUGAUCAUAAGCAUGUACUGGACCAGCUGAACGAUGUUAUCGCCAAAAAUACUGACCCGGAUAAGCAAACUCUGCUCGCUCGUACACUCAAUCAAAUAACCGAAGCCAACAUAGCACUAACAGCUGCCGUGAAAUCGGGCGAUGCAAAGGCGAUCGAAACAGCCCGUGCAAAUUUCCUGCAACAAUCCAAAGAUGCUCUCUCCGAUUGGUUGGACAAGAAAUACGGCUCGACAAUCACCGAAAAUUCCAUUUUUGAAGCGUUGCCCAGAUUCUGGGAAAAUGAAUUUCAUAAAGACAUGAAUGCGUUGAAUAUUCUUCCACCUGAUGUGUUGACGCGUGUGAGUGAAUAUGUUCCACAGAUUGUGACCUUCAUCGAAAAAAUCAUUUCCAAUGGAUUGGCAUAUGAAUCGAAUGGUUCGGUGUACUUUGAUGUGGCUAAAUUCGAUGCUGCCGAACAUCAUCACUAUGCAAAGUUGGUGCCAGAAGCAUAUGGAGAUACGAAAUCUCUGCAAGAAGGCGAAGGUGAUUUGUGCAUCUCAGAAGAUCGCUUAAGUGAAAAACGAUCACCAAAUGACUUUGCUCUGUGGAAGACAAGUAAACCGGGUGAACCUUUUUGGCCAAGCCCAUGGGGUAACGGAAGACCUGGAUGGCACAUCGAGUGCUCUGUAAUGGCAUCGGACAUUUGCGGUCAAACCUUAGAUAUUCACACUGGUGGCGUUGAUUUGAAAUUCCCACAUCACGACAAUGAAUUGGCACAAAGUGAGGCAUAUUUCGACAGCGCAAGUUGGGUGAAUUACUUCUUGCACACUGGCCACUUGACGAUAGCCGGAUGCAAAAUGUCUAAGUCAUUGAAGAAUUUCAUCACCAUUCAACAGGCAUUGCAAAAGAACUCGGCUUGCGAUCUUCGUUUGGUGUUCUUGUUACACUCGUGGAAGGAUACUCUCGAUUACUCAGAUAAUACAAUGGAAAUGGCGACGCAGUACAAGAAAUUCUUGAAUGAAUUCUUCUUGAAUGUCAAAGACUUGUUGCGUCGGUCGCAAAAUGACGACAAGCCAGAAAAAUUGUUCCAAAUAUGGACCAAAUCGUCGAAUGAUUUGCAGCAAAAGUUUAGCGAAGCAAAGCAUUCCAUCCAUUUGGCAUUGUGCGAUAACAUCGAUACGCGCGCCGUUUUGGAUAUUAUCCGCGAUUUGGUCGGCCUUUGCAACGUUUACAUUCGCGACAACAACACAGAGAGCACAUUGAAUGUGCUAUUGCUUAAACGAAUCGCUGCCUACAUCACUGACAUCCUUCACAUAUUCGGGGUUAUCAAUGGUCCACGCGGUGGCAUCGGUUUCCCAGUCGAUUCAGGCAAUUCAGGAGAUGCCGAAGAAACAGUCUUACCUUAUCUGGAAGCUUUGGCGGAAUUCCGUAAUUCGGUGCGUGAAGUGGCUCGUACUCAAAAGUGCACUGAAAUCCUGAACAUCUGUGAUGCUCUGCGCGAUGAUGUGCUACCCAAUUUGGGUGUUCGAUUGGAAGAUCGUGAAGGUGCUGCUGCGUCAAUCAAACUGGUCGAUCGGGAAACGUUGCUGAAAGAACGUGAUGCUAAGAAGCAAGCCGAAGCCCAGAAGCAAGCACUGAAAGAGAAGAAACGUCAAGAGGCUGCUGCAGCUGCGGCUGCACUUGAAGCCCAACGCAAGAUCAACCCAAAGGAAAUGUUCUUGAACGAAAUCGACAAGUAUUCAGCAUUCGAUGAACGCGGAAUACCAACAUUGGAUGCAAAAGGCGAGAAGCUCAGCAAAGGUCUCACCAAGAAGCUAGAAAAAUUGCAAAAUACACAAGAAAAGAAGUAUAACGAAUAUCUUGCAUCUCUCAACAACGGCUCAUGAAUGUCUAACAACAAAUGGAAACGUCAGCUUUUUAAAACACUUUGUUAAGGAAAUUGGUUUAAAAAUGCAUUUUUAUUCACAGAAUGAUUAAAUUGAACAUUGGAAAAAAAUGUGGAAA